UGGCGGAAAACAGAUGGGUCGAAAAGUCAUACAGUAGUAAAAUAAAGGGACCAAUACUGUACUUUUUCCGCUCCUUAUAACAUUUUCGCAUUUUAUUCCCUCCACAGCCCAAAUCUCGUCUCAGUGUUUGGUUUGUGAAAAUCAUUCGAUUAACUGUAUCGAUUACAGAAUAGCGUCAGCCUUCAGGUUCAAGAUUCUCCAUUUAUGAGAGUGUAUCCCCAACUCAUGGUUGUGAUUAAAAGCAAGUGACAUUGCUGCUGCUGCUUUGGGCAUCAAGUUGGGUGAAUAAGAAGGAAUUGUGAUGCUGGGGAUUUCGUAUGGGGAGCUCUUUCUCAUAAUUGGAGCUACUGCUGUUCUAAUUGGUAUGCAAUUGCUCCCUGCAGUAUCUUAUUGUACAUGUCAUAUGUAAAGUUGCUUGAAAUAUGAUCACAUGUUUUCAUUUCAUACGAGAUAACUCAGCUUUAUUUAUGAUUUACGCAAUGUAAUUUGUGAUCUAUUGGGUUUGCACUGUUUUAAUUGUUUAUAAUGCAAGGCCUUUUUUUGUUUUUUUUUUUCUUUUUCUAAAUACACUGUAUUGUUUUCCCCUCCUAAAAAUUCCUAUUAUUGUUGAAUUACUGCUCAUAAACUCUUUUGAGAAGCAUGUUGUACUCUUGUAGGCCCUAAAGAUCUACCAAUAAUUGCCCGAAUAGCUGGUAGAUUAGCAGGGCGCGCCAUUGGAUAUGUCCAAGUCGCCCGUGGCCAAUUUGACAAUGUUAUGCAGCAAACUCAAGCUCGGCAGGUGCAUAAAGAACUACAAGAUACAAUUGCACAGUUAGAAGCUAUUCGUCAUGAGAUUCGAACUAUAUCUUUUAUAAAUCCUAGCCCUUUGACUCGAAGGUUCGCAGACAGUGUGGAAACACUUCCUAACAAUGUUGAAAUCAAGCCUGAUAAUUCAGGUAAAGAGAGCAUAUUAGGAAUCCCAAAAGCGAAGAGCUGGUAUAAAUGUCUUUUCCAGGAUAAUGGUUCUCCAACAUUAGACCCAUCUGACAUCCACAGCCAAGCUACUGCUUAUGCAAAACUAACUGAAUCCGCAUCACUCAGUACUUCAUCCGCAAAUAACGAGAUUCUAAGUGAGUUGACUGAUGAAUCUGGCCUUACAAUCCUCCCUGUGUCAGCUGAGAGUGCUGGAUUGUUACCACGUCGGAAAGAUCAUAUCGCUGGAUCAGACAUAGUUUUGGAAGCAAUGUUAGAGGCAGAGGUGGCACACAAUGCAAGAGACUUCUUUUCACGGCCUGAAAACCUUAUGAAACCUGAAUAACAAAGCGUUUUAUCCUGGGUUGAAGUGCCCCCAGUUUCUUGCAAAUUUCGGUGGCACUAGUUAAUCCCGCAAGUGUACAAGCUUUACUUUGAGUUGAAGUUAUCUGACAAACGGAAUCUAGUUUUUCUGUUUCAGUGUUGCUGUUGCUUUUAGGGCUCCUUGUAAAUAUGUUAAAACCACCAGAAAGAGGUCAGUUUCAAGCUUGAUUUAUUAGUUUCACAAGCGUUUUAUUCUCUAGUUCAUUUUGUUGAGCAGGAUAACAUAUCUAUCUUUUGGCUAAUUAGAGAUCGAUAUUAACACUUAAGCUUGUAUCUUUUGCCGAUGCUGUUUACACGGAGGUUUACUUCAUCUUUCCUUUGUUUAUGUUCUCAUGGACAUUCAUUGUGCAAUGUUGAACAGUAACUCACAUUCAUUGCGCGUUUUUUAAAGUUUAUUAUGCUCAAUUUCUGAUCAUCAAAAAUGAGAUUUGUAUCGGUAACUUCUUCGUCUUCUUUGUUUCCCCUGUUUGAACAUAGAAGUGUCGUAGUCUUAUAAUUUUUUGUGACUGGG